AUGCUUUAAGAAUCAACAAAUUCAUUAAGUUCUUUUCCUAAUCUUUCAGCACUAUGUAAAAAGGAUGAAAAGCAGAAAUAAUCUUUAGAAAAAUUAUUAAAACAUAAACCAAAUGUAGUAAAGAGUUUAGACAUCUAUGCCUAAAAUAUUGAAGAAUAUUUGAAAGAUCAAAGAAAAAGGAUAGCAUACUUAAAAAAAAGGGAAGAAUCAUACUAUGAUUCUAGACCUAUCUAAGCUUAUGAUGAGGCACUUAUAAUGUAAUACAAUAGAGUUAAAGCUAAAUAAUUUUAUUUGCAACAAUCGCAAAAAAAAUUAUCAUAACAACCAUCACCUGAGUAAUAACUCAAUAGAACACCUUCUAAAUAUUUUGAUAAGAAUUACACACCUUUGAAAAGAAAUGAAAAAUUUGAAAUUCCUUCUCUUUAACCUAUUAAUGUUUCACCUCAAAAAGAACUCAAACCUAUUUAAUUUAGAGUAAAUUAUACUCAUAUUAAGAUAGUAUAAUUAUACAAUGCAAGUUAACGAUCCACUCCUUAGAUAAGUUCUUAGUAUUCGUUAAUAAUGGUUUGAAGUACCUAAUAAUUCAUUUAGCCAUUUAUAAUGGCUUACUUAACUCUUAGAUUUUAGUAAUCUAAUAAAAUAGGAUGCUGUUUCCAAAAGAUAAAUGGUUAAUUUAAUGGAAUUUCAGCAUGAAUGGUCAACUAAAUCUUAAUUAUACAAUAAUCUUUGCUCUAUCUCACCAGAAUUAGCAUUAAAAGUAUUACCACCAGGAUUUGUGUUAAAUUUUAAAAUAUCUUAAUGGGUUGAAGAUCUAGAUUUUAUAUAAGAAUAUUUAAUUGUCAAUCAUCCAUAAAAAGAUAAAUAAUAAAAAUUUCCAUUUUCUGUUUAUGUUCCUAAUAAAGGAGGUUAAACAUAUAAUAAACAAAUAUCUAGAUUAAUUUAAGAUAUUCCUAAAUUAUGGAUAUGCAAAUCAGCUACAGGUUCUGGUGCUAUGCUAAUUAAUAACAAUGAUUAAUUAUAAACAUUUCUGAUUCAAUAAUACAAAGAUUAAAAAGAAUUUGUGAUUUAAAAAUAUAUUGCAAAUCCAUUAUUAUAUAAUGGUAAGAAAUUUGAUAUUUAAAUUAAUGUAUUGGUUAAUUAAGAUAAUUAAAUGUAUAUUUCAACAGAACCAACAGGAAGAUGUUGUUAAUUGAAUUAUGAUCUUAAUUCGGUAUUAUAAUUAAUUAAAAAUUUUAGUUAGAUCCUUUUAUUCAUACAAAACCUAAAUAAGCUAUAUCUCAUUAAAAUUUGGUUGAUUUUUUGAGUUCUUAAGGAAUAUCCUUAAAAGAUCUUUUGAAUUAAAUUAAGACUUCAAUAUCUUUGAUUCCUUGUAAAUUAAAUAGAAGAUAAAGAAAAUAUUGUAUGUAAAUCUUUGGUUUUGAUUAUUUACUUGAUGAAUCUAAAAAAAUUCAUUUAAUAGGAAUAAAUGCAAAUCCAAUUUAUACCUUUGUUGAAUUAGAUGGAGCUUUUAAAUUAACUAUAGAUAAAAUUUUUCCAAUCAAUAAUAAAAGUGAUGAAAAAUCAAUUUGGAUCUGCUUAAAUUGA